UAAAAUGCUUCACAACAUCAGCUAAGCUAAAAGUUCAUCAGAGAACACACACAGGAGAGAAGCCUUACUUCUGCUCUGCCUGUGCGGCGAGUUUCUCUAUAAUGUGCAACUUAAAACGACAUGAACGUAUACACACAGAGAAGAUUUACUCCUGCUCUGACUGUGCGGCGAGUUUCUCUCUACUGUGCAAAUUAAAACGACAUGAACGUAUACACAAAGGAGAGAAGCCUUACUCCUGCUCUGACUGUGGAAAGAGUUUCUCGCGAUUGGGCCACUUAAAAACACACGAACAAAAACAUACAGGAGAGAAGCCUUACUCCUGCUCUGACUGUGGAAAGAGUUUCUCUCUACUGGGCCAGUUAAAAAUUCACCAACAUAUACAUACUGGAGAGAAGCCUUACUCCUGCUCUGACUGUGGAAAGAGUUUCUCUCGACCGGGCCACUUAAAAACACACGAACAAAAACAUACAGGAGAGAAGCCUUACUCCUGCUCUGACUGUGUAAAAUGCUUCGCAACAUCAACUGAGUUAAAAGUUCAUCAAAGAACACACACAGGAGAGAAGCCGUACUCCUGCUCUGACUGUGUAAAAUGUUUCCCAACAUCAACUAGGCUAAAAUUUCAUCAGAGAACACACACAGGAGAGAAGCCUUACAUCUGCUCUGACUGUGCAGCGAGUUUCUCUCUACUGUGCAACUUAAAGCGACAUGAAAGUAUACACACAGGAGAGAAGCCUUACACCUGCUCUGACUGUGCGGCGAGUUUCUCUCUACUGUGCAACUUAAAACGACAUGAACGUAUACACACAGGAGAGAAGCCUUAUCACUGCACUGACUGUGAGAAGAGAUUCUACAGAUUGGGCCACUUAAAAAGACACCAAUGUAUACAUAAAGGAGAGAAGCCUCAUCAGUUCUCUCAGACCAGCUGAGAUUAGACACUCCACUUAAUUAUCAUGUCUUUAAAUAAAUGGCAACGAUGAAUUGGAUCAAAUGAAGACAGCUUAGAACACUCUAUUGUAAACCUAUAGUUUCUCACUGUGAGAGAACUGUGCUUAGGAAAGGGAGCGUUAUAGAAUGUUAGCCUCUCUUUACUUUACUGAUCAGUUUGCACCUUGUUAGUUUUGAUGUGUUUUGUUAGUUUCUACUGUAAAGAUAUUAAGAUGACCUUGGAUUUGCCCUUAGGGUUGAAUAUCCUCUGUGAGACGUCUCACAAUGGAGUCUGAUGGUUGACUGGGUGGUACUGCUUCCUUCUGCAGUUCUCUGUGGGAAUGAGUUAGUAGAUACA